UUUAUCAUCCAAAUUAAAAAAAAAAUAGAAAAAAUGAAGAAAAAAGGAAAGUCUUUUAGCCGACUAAAUCACCACUAUACAAUAACCUCUCUAAUUCACUUGUGCUACUUUCAGAAAACAACAAUGUUGGAGAGGAGAAAAAAUUGUUCGUUGAUGAUGUUGGAGAGUGGAGAACAAGCAACGAUUGAUAUUGAUGCAAUCGUGUCAUACAAGUCUUCCUUCAACACUUUAGAGAUAAUACUAAAGCGUGAUACAGAAGUGCUUCUCGUACACCAGCGUGACGGAUCCGUGGACACUAUCGGAUCAAACACAGCUCCUCCAUUCCCAAUCCCUUACAUCCUACUAAAAGACAUUGUUAGCUUUGAUCCGCACAACAUCAAUCCUCUCCUCCAGUUAGACCCUGUUUUAUGCGAUCAUCUUUCAGUUAAAAUCGCUUCUAAAGCAGCCGAGGAGCGAGUUUCAGGGCCAUUAUACAUCUUCCUAUACGUCACAGUCACUCCACACAGAUUCGUAGGAGACGAUAUUCCUUUCCCUGAACUAGACGAGGAGAUGGAGACAUGCGCCAUUUGUUUGGAGGAGCUAAAUCCCAGGGGUGAAAUCUAUUUCGACAUGCCAAAUUGUUCUCAUCAGUUCCACGAUCUAUGUAUAUCCAUGUGGUUGACUCGUAGCAACGCUUGCCCUAUCUGCCGCGCUUUUGUUGUGACAAGAUCCUAGGAAGGCUCUGGAACAGAUGAGAUAAUACUUUGCAGAAACGAAUCAAGAGACUCGAGUUUCUCAAAGGCAGUGGAUCGAAUGGUGACACAAGAGGGAUGGAUGAUCUCUUGAUACUCCUAGAUA